UGACCAUCAGCAGAGAGUCGCGUUUUUAUUAUUUGAGUGAAAAUUUUAUUCAUUUUUCUGGUAUUCCAACGAUUUUUGACUAUCAUCUGAUUUGGCGCAAGCUUUUGCCGCGAAAAUGAGUAACUGGUAUUAUGGCGGAAAUCCUCACACUCGCCGCAGCGCCAUCUCGCAAAAUUCUCUGUUGCGACGUCGGAAACGUAGAAAAAUGGCCGCUGACACGGAGAAGGAGGAAGCACAGAACCUCCAAAUUGAGUUCGAGUGGAUCCUUCACGAGGAGGUGCACGCAGUGCUGAAGCAACUUCACACGAUCCUGGUGGAGUGCGCCAGACGCUUUCCGGUGCCUCUGUAUGACAAUGAGGGCAAGAAGCAGGACAAAUUUGUGUUGACAGUGCCUCAGGAGCAGCUGAAGUGUGUCGUGACGCUCACGGGGGAUGCAAUCACGCACGCGGACAUCAGCUUCAAGGUGCAGCGACAGCAGCAGAGCCACCAGAACCAGCGCACCUCAAUCAAUCAGGACUCACCGUGGAAAUUGCAGCAAGUUCAGGAUGCGGCCAAUCACUUGCAGCAGGCCAUCAAUCACAUCGACAACGUCGAUGAGAAUUACACGUUCAAGACGUCUGAUGAAGUUCUCCAUGUUUUGAGUAACAUAUUAAAUGCUCUCAGUCGAGGAAGAUCGAGUCUCGUGAUCCCAAAGAAGAAAUCCAUCGAUGAAUUGAUGAAGAGUAGAAAUAUGAAAUCCCUGUCGCCGAAUCUUCCUGAAGAUCUCGCCAUCAGUUUCUAUCUGCAGAGCCACAAGCUCAUCUUCGCUGUGUACCAACUAACCAAUAUCCAGGGAACGAUGAAGUUCGACACUUACCAGGGCGAAUGCUCGGUACCGUGGCUUAACGACGUCCUGGUCCUCUUCACAGUGUCUCUGCAACUCUGCCAGCAACUCAAGGACAAGAUUUCCGUAUUUUCGCAAUACAAAGACUUCACGGUGGGAUCGCGAUCGGCUUCAGCGCUGUCCUACUGAGGCGAGGCGGAGGCGCUGCCUAAUGAGAUUGGGUGGCAGAAGUGCCGAAGGGCGAGUGUGAGAGUGAAUAUUUAUUUCUUGUGCGGAAACAUUGGAGAGAGAGAGAAAUUAUGCAAAUUAACAAGUUACUAAUUGACUGUGUCAAUUAUUGCCAAGAUUCUCGACAAACACCAGAGAAGAAGAAAAUCCUUCUCCGAAAAUUGAUUUAUUGAGGAGUAGAGAAACUGAGGGAAACUUCUCGGUGGAUGAAGUUUUUCAUGGGAGGGCAGAAAGAUGAGAGUCUAAUAAUGCAAAUUACAUAGUGAGAAAAUAAUGAAUCUUUCUCAAAUUGGUAAAUGAAUGGCGUUUAGGACACACCCAAAGAUGAGAAGAAAUGCCUAAACAAAACGUAGAGAUUCACAUAGAUAGUCACCUUAAUCGGUGGAUGUUACUCAAAUUCACGCGAUAAUUGUGUCUCUCGGGAGACAGCAAAAAAAACGAGUAAAAGAGAAGAAAUUCAAGGUGAGACAAUAAAUCAUAACGAUAGAGUUUCCAAAGAGACAUUUUAGCUGUGUGUGAAGCAUGAGGAGAGAAACUUAAACAAUGCCUCAAAAUCUCAUCUACAAAUCAUUACACAAGGAAAAAAAGACAGAGAGGGCAAAAAAAAAACCCCCAGAGUGAAGCGAAAACACUCAGAUAUUGAUUGAAUUGGAUUCAUUGGGAGUUUUCCUUCGAGUGCAAACAUUUUUAUUAGGUACUUAAAUGAAAUUUUAACAAGGCACAUGAAGAUACAAGAUGAUUUUCAGUAGCUCAAUUGCCGCUCUCGAAUGACUCUCAAUUUCAAGUGAUUCAGUACUACUUUUUGUCUAUGUAUCGAGAAAAUAACACGAGGAAAGAGUCGGCAAAUGUUGGAACAUUUAAAUAUUCACAUCUGCACUUAGUUUUGUAGGGUUAAAUUACUCAAUUUUUACUUUUGUUGGAAAUUUUCAUCUACUUGAAAGAGAGGGAGAAGUUCUCUGAUGUUAUUAUAAAAUUUUAUUCCAGUGUAUUGUAUUAUAUUUAUUUACUUUUAAUUGUGUUAUUAGGGUGAGUUUAAGUUGGACGAAGGCAACGAAAAUAUAUAAAAUAUAUUGCAUGAAUUCUGUUGAUUUUAUCAUUUGGGUUCAUAAUCAGUACUUUGUCGAAUGCGACUGUGUGUUUGAACAGUUUAUUAGUUAUUCUCAUUUUAUAUAAUUUCUCGAGCAAGUGCAUAGUUCCAAUUAAUUUCCCCUCUUAUGAGCAAGUUUAUUGGCACUUCGAAGUGGUCUUCAGGUGUGCUUGGCAGCCAGUUUCUCUGCGUUUUCACGCUGGACUGCAACAAUUCGGUGUGUGGCUCUUGAGUGGCCAAAACAUUUGGCAAUCCCACUCAAAUAUCCCCCAGAAGUGCGAUUAGCUGCCGAUGACAUUGAAAUUUGAUUUUAAAAUAUACACGAAAUAGCAAAGCUUACACAAUCUCAUGGCUCAACACUUUGCCUACCAUCGCCUCGAUUCCUCUCAAAUUCUUCUACUCUUUCGCCGCUUCACGGCCAGACGGAGUGUUAAGUGUGAGCCGCGCAAUGGAGUGUCUUUCGUGAUUGAAUGGCGCGAAACCUGACCAGGUGGGAGGGAUAGACGCGCAUUUAUGUGUCGAAUGAGAGGGAAGAAGAAAGAUAGGCAAUUUGGGGGCCUUUUGGCUGUCGAAAAGAGUCGGAAUUCAGUGUGUAUGUUGUGAAAGACACAUCGACAUGAAAGACUGCGUGAAGGCAAGAAAAAAAAGGUUGCUUGGGGUCUCUUUUUGUGUGCGCCUCUCUUUGCCUCUUCGGGCAUCAUUUUCACUUUCGUGCCCCUUCAGUCACACAAUUGCACUCGAUCAAUCAACUUUUCAGCCGCUCGCGAUCGAUUCUGCCAGCCGGACUCAAAUCCACGCAUUUCACUUGAUAUUCCGUGUGAGUGGGUGUUCUUUGUGCCAUUCUGGAGACUCCCUUUUAUUCUCAGGGUGAAAGAUGGCAUUCUGUGCCGAGCUUUUUGCACUCCGAAGGCUCCCACGCGGCCUCGGGCGAAGGGUGAACAUCGGGGUGACUGUGGAGUGGUGAUGCAAGGUGGAUGAGCGAUAUACAUUAUCAGUGUUGUCCUGAAAUUGGACGUGCAAUCCGCUAAAUUCUCGUCGUUUGUCUCAUUGUGAAGCAACCUUUUCGGAUAUUUCUGAAAAUAUCUGUGAAAUAAUUAGACACAUCGAGAUAUUUUUUGCAUGCAGAUGUGAAGAGGAAUUCUUCUGAAUAUAAGAACUGUAUGACAUUGAGGUCUUCCUCUAAACAACAAAAAAAACUGUUGACAAAAGCAUGCAAGUGUUGCGCAAAGAAAACAUAAAAGAUGAUUAUUUUCCUUUUGAAGGCCAAACUGACCAGCCCUAUUGAUUGUCUGUCUCAAAAUCUCUUUCAAUAACAUGAUAUUGUCGUAAGACAACCUUUAAAACAUUCGUUAUCUGAGACUCUAAUCCAUUUCCAAUCGUGUGUAUAUCGUGAAUUCAUCUUGCAUUUAUCGAGCUUUUUCUUUUAAAACUCUGUUCACUCACUCAUAAACAUGUAUUUUUCCUCGAUUUCCCUCUCAAAACUACUACUAUUGUAUGAUUAUCUAAUUUUUCAACUGUUACGAGGCGAUCAAUACCAUGAGAGUCAGUAAUUAAAACGAAUUUGUUGUAAAACCCAAUGAAAAUAUGCGAUUGCUUGUGGGAGAAAAAUGUCCAUUAUUCAUAGAAUUAAGAUAUCCCAACAAAAAAUGUCCUGUUAUCAUCCAAUAACAAACAGUCACUGUAUGAAAGAUAUAACUAUUUGUGAUGUUGGACAAAAAGCGAGAUGGUGAGAUAAAAUUUUCAAUUGAUGAGCAUUUUAAUCGAUUUAUUGGUGAAAUUUUUCCGGCGCAACUAUAGUGAAUAUGUAAGGGAUUUAAAAAAAAUAUGAUAAUGUUAUUAACAGAGUGCUGGAAAAAGCCGUGAACACAGGAUAUAAAAAGUGUAAAAGAGGGAAGGAGGAAAAAAGAGCAAUAAAUUAAAUAUUGCAAUUGUUGCCAUGAAAGUGGAGGAAUUUUUAUAUUAAAACAUUAUUUCGUGCCAUCAUUUAUAUCGAUGAAUAUUCACGGAAAGCCUUGAUGGAGGAAAAAGAGGACAAAAAGAAGCAAAAGAGUGAAAG